AUGUUUGUUGCUGAUUACGUGCGGACCAAGCCCCAGUUUCAGCCCUCACAACUUUUUCUUCCCUUUCUCACAAUCUCCGAGGCGUGGAAGUUUGGUGACAAUACUCUGAGUGAUUUACCUAGUCACCAACCGAAAAUGUCGACAAUGUCGCUGAAGAUCGAAUCAGAUGCAGAAGCGCUGGUUCAGAGUAUCAACGACGGAACGGUGGACAUCCAUGGAAUUGGAAUUGAUGUCUGUGAAGACGUGCCCGUUCGUGAUAUCGCUACCACCAGCAUGUUCCAGCUCUGUGAAGCUAUUGCUACCGAUAUCUUCCACGCGGCGGGGAUUCAUAAGCAUGACGCUCCAGAAUCUUCCAAUUCCGUCACUACAAGGGUUCACAAUCAUGCCCAUCGCGUUGAAAGUCACGAAAUUACAGGCGGAUACAGGGAGGACUAUUUGCAUCCCAGCCAUGUUAUGAUCAGCAUGAUUGCAGCAAUUGCUUACAGAAAGCUACGUCCUCACACGAGAGAAUUCUUUCGCAAGAAUGAGGAUCUUGUCAAGGUGUUCGGCGAACUUAACGGAAUCCAGUGGCUACCGAUUGCUAUUCAGGUGUGGGCCAAAGUCAAGUCAUCCCCCUUCGCCAUUGAAUUAGACCAAAAUUGCCAGAAACCUGUCGCGAAGUUUCAAAAGGUCAAUGGCAAAUCGCUUUGGAUCGUCACCACUAAAAUGCCUGAUGUCAACAAAUACGAGGAGGUUUUUCGCGGAGUGUUCUGCCCGGAGGUCUCAGCAGCUGGCCCAGCAGAUCCAAAGCUAGAGCCCAGCGAGGCCCCUCUUCCAUCAAUUGAGCCUAACUACACACCGAAGGCGCUUAUCACUUUGACCGACGACGACGACGAGAUGGAGGGCAAUGCUAUGACACUUCGCGACUAUACCCGACACAUGAAGAUACUCGGGAAAAGACUCGCGACUCCUGAUCGAGCCGUCGCUAGACGGGCGCGAAGAGAGAUCUUGAAGAAGCCAGGUGAGGUCCAAGAACAACAGGUCGAAGAGAUUGGUCCACCAAAGGAGUACUUUGACUCCUACACCCAUUUGAAGGAUGUUUGGAAGACUUGCCUUCAGAACGGCGUCUCGAUCCCCAACAGCCUUCGUAUUCUUGUGGAUCAUCACUGUACUCCCAGUCAAGUAUUUCAUUUGACGGAGCUAGAGAAGGAACAUCAGAUGGAAAUGGAGGUUGACGGUUAA